CACGGUUACGAGCUGGCUCCCCAAAGAAACCUGCUUGGCUUCGUCGCCUCACGUUCAGCACAUUUGCAUGGCUGAAAAAGGGUCGCCAACGCCAUGGUCCUAUUUUCUAAUACGUCUGCUCUUCAAAUUUGUGUUGAAGAUAUUCUACGGAACCAUAGUGGUUGAGGGCACGGAGAACAUCCCCCUAAAAGGAAAGCCCUGUAUUGUCUGUGCCAACCACAGCAAUUCGCUAACAGAUGCAUUAGUCCUGGUCGCAUCCAUUCCCUCCAAAAGACGGAAUCUUCUACGCCUUACAGCUAAAUCAACGCAAUUUGGCAAACGCACGUUCACAAGCUGGCUUAUUGAGUCUGCGGGAACUGUGCCUCUCCAGCGUCGGAAGGACUUUCCGGAUGGCAGGAUAGACAACACAGAAGUGAUGCGCGAACUGUUAGAAGCUUUGGAAUGUGGGGACGCUGUGUGCCUCUUCCCGGAAGGUAUGAGCCGAUACCACCCCACUAUCGCACCUUUAAAGACUGGCGUUGCUCGCAUUGUGUCGGAUGUGCUAUCGCGGCAGCGAGAUAAUUCCGAUUUUGAGGUAUCCGUACUUCCUUGUUCUAUCACAUACAUGCAUCGCCAGCACUUUCGCUCAGACGUGCUGGUAACAUUCCAUCCACCGAUGACUUUCAGCCCUGCUAGCAAUCCGGAGCUCCUCGCUCCUGUCGAUUUUACUGACAUCCGCAAACUUACCGCGAGAAUGCAUCACCAGAUAUCCAUGGGCACGCUGUCUGCUCCUUCAUGGCGACUCGUUCGAAACGCCAAGCUCGCAGCUCACAUAUACGCUCCACUUGGCACCCACAUGAGUCUCGGAGACUACGUGAGGGUCGUCCGGAUGUUCCUUGAGGCACUCAAGAUGGGCGAGGCGAAGGACGCUUGGACGGAGCGGGGGAGUGCCAGUGAAGGCGAGAUGGAGGGUGCAACGAAUGAGCUGGAAGAGAGAAUACUCUGUCUAGGCGCAUCGCAGGCAUACCAAAGUGAGCUAUCACACUAUGGGAUCAAAGACGAUCGAGUCCGCUGUCCGCUCUCACGCCGCACAAUCCUCUACCGUCUGGCCGUCCGGCUUGCCUGGUCCUUCUUUCUUUUUUCCCUUUCUCUUCCCGGCCUCAUUCUCUGGCUGCCGAUCUUCAUCACCACCUUCAUCGCAGUGCGCGAAUUCAAGCGUACAGGGCCAGUAUGGGACACCUGGGACGAGAUCGCGCAGUACAAGCUCGUGUACGGGCUCAUUUCGGGACUCUGUGUCUGGGCGGGCGCGAUGCUUGUUACGCUGCCUGUGGCCGCUAUAACAGCCGUCGUUGUUCCGCUCAUGAUGUGGAUGUCUCUACGCUGGUUCGAGGACGCGGUAUCAUCCUUCCGUGCGUUUGCCGCUCUCACCAGAUUGCUCUUGAUGCCACGAGGCAAGAUGGUGCUACUGCAAGCGACGCGCCUUGAUUUGCGCAAACGCAUUGCGGACUUGGCAGUGAACACUCUUGGGCUCCCGGACCAGCCUGAAACGUACUUUGCGAAGGACUCCGAGGCGGGCGGUGCCACCGAGAAGGGGAGGAACGACAAAGGACGAGUCAAAGGGCGGUGGGAAAGCAAGACGAAGUACUUUUCUAUCAGGCGGAGGCGUAAGAGGGAUUGGAAUGAAACACUGAGGUUGUAUGACAAGGUGGACUAUGGGCCAGAGGAUGCAUACUAGGGGUUAUGAUCUAGCGGUGUUGGAUAUAUUUCAUGCGUUGCACAUAUAUUAUAGUACAUGAUACACGGAACAUCAUCCGAAAGAAAAGGGUAACUAGUGUUCAUGAAACUAGCGGUGUCAUUAUCCACGCAAAGGAGUCAAGAGAAGAACAGAGUCUGGAUGGGAACCUUUUUCGAGUCUAGCCUGCGAUGGGCUCGUAAGCUCUGUUGCCCGCAGCCCACCUGUGACCACGAGAGGCAGCUGUGCCAGUGAUCAGGAUACCGAAGGUGGAGAGAGCAGCAAACACCCAGGCGAGAGUGCCAAGGAUAUAUGCGACACCUGUAGCAAGAGCCGUCAGAAGGGUUCAAUGUACAAACACUCUGGACACAAACUUGGCUUGGCACUGUCAAAAAUGGGGAGCGUAGCGUUGCUAUAAGCAUCUGUAACAAGGGCAAAGGUGACGAUCAAGGCGGUAGCUAUCCAGAGAACAUCAGGCCCUAUACCAGCUUUCACAGAUUGCACGUACCAUGCAGACCGACAAGUACUGCGACUGCCCUCCAGAUCCUUCGCCUCCUUGAAUGCGUCGUCACGCCGAACACGAGCGCGAGACACGAGACCGCAGCAAAACCUGCUGCGAGCUCCGCAAAGUACCCUGCUGUGGUCCACAGGAUGCAAAAGUCUCUAUUCUCGUCCUCACACUUGUCCUGGACGCGUGCCGGGAAAGGGCGACACUUGUAGUCUGAGUACUCAAAUUUGCCCCCGUUGGACCCGCCGGGAAUCCUGAUGAUGUCCCGCUCACAGAGCCGUGUGAGACCAUACUGGACAGUGGACUUGGCACCGAGGAAGUCGGUGUGCACGACCAGCCUGCGUACAUAUGCUUAAACCAGACUGCGACACAACUCUGCUGUUGUGUGCUUACCAGUCAGGGCGACGAACAGAUAUCACAUUCUGCGGACGAGCUCAGCAUUCUUCACGACGUUACGGUUUCAUUAGAAUCUCGUCAUCGCAAUACGCACCAGCGUAAGCGUUACCACGACGGCAAAAAAAGCGAUCACAUAGGAUGUUUUUCUCAUCUUUGCCCGGAGCUAACCAGCGGUAUGGACGUCGAUGGUAAGGUGAGAGUUGAGGCCUUGAG